AUAUAUUAUAUAUAUAUAUAUAUAUAUAUAUAUAUAUGGCCCCUUAUGUUAUUAAAAUUUACUGGAUUUUAGGUGGAUACACUGUUUGCCUUCCCCAUUAAGCUGGUCUUGUUUGCAGAUCCAUUCUCUAUUAGUGGAAGUAUCUUGUUUAACUCUAUCUUUUUUCUGAUUUUGUUAUGUUUUCUAAUACAAAUAUAAGAUUUCAAAAAUCUUGUGUUUAUGUUUUAGAUGAAACUUACUGUAUAUGCAUAAAAUCUGAUAUACCUUGCGUAUUUAUUUAUUGCAUUUUAAAUGCUUUAUAUUGUUUUUAGGAAUAAAUUUUAAAUGCUUUAUAGCUAUGUUGUAUAUACCAGCCGAGAGAGAUGUCAAUUAAGCUGUCCAUGUCCAAUGAGCAAUGUUUAAAUGGACAAAGCAGUUUAUUGAACAUUAUUUUUUUAAGUCCAAAUUGUACCCCAAAUUGACCAAACUCAAUAUAGACAAAUCCAAAUAGACUUUCUGCAGUGUCCGAAUAUUUUUUUUUCUUUAACGAACUAAAUCCAUAAAAACACAAUUUCAUACUCAAUUUAUAUAAAAAUACAUAUACAAUGUGAGAAAUAUGAUUUUACGAUUUUAACGAGAAAACGCGAUUUUGCAGAUUUGCCGAAAGCAUGAUUUUUGGUUUUUGGCGGAAAACAUGAUUUUGCGAUUUGGCGGAAAACACGAUUUUGAAAAUUUAUGGGAAAACAUGAUUUUUGCGGUUUUGGCGAGAAAUCGUGAUUUUGAUUAAAAAAACGUGAUUUUGUGGUUUUGGCAGAAAAACAAGAUUUUACGGUUUUGGCGAAAAAACAUGAUUUUGCGAUUUUGAUGGGAAAACGUGAUUUUAAGGUCUUGGGAGAAAAUGUGAUUUUACCAUUUUGACGAAAAAUUGUGAAUUUAUGGUUUUGGUCGGAAAAUGUGAUUUUGCGGUUUUGACGAAAAAUGUGAUUUUGCAAAUUUAGUGGGAAAACAUGUUUUUAUUUUCUGAUUUUAUUUUUUAAUUUUUUCUUAACUUAAAAACCCUAUAUUUUUUAGGUUUAUUGGACGCUCAUGUCCAAAUGGUUUUAGCUCAUCUAAUUUGGAGUUAAUGGAUUUUAGUCCAGUUGGACAACUUUAAUUUUUGGAUCUAUUAUGGUCAGACCAUUUGGCUUUGGUCUUGGACUCUUGGCUAACCCAUGGUCAUUAAGCCUAUUUAACAUUCCUACCAGCUGAUGAAGUGUGAAAGCUUGAACAUGUUUUGUUUCUUGUUAUAAUGUUUUAAUGAAAGGAGUUUAAUUUUGCUUGGUGAGAAGCAGGGUGUUCACACACCCACAGUGAUCAAUAAAAUCCUUUUCGUUCAAAUCUUAGUGUGUACCGGGCUUAUACGAUUGAUAUGUAGAGUCAUAACUCAUAAGUAAAUGAUUAGCAGCCAAGUCUUAGUCCUUGCAGCAUUUUUGUAAUGUGUGUAUAAGGUUUAGUUAAGAAGAUCACUUUUUUUUUUGGGUAAAAUUAAGAAGAUCACUUGUUUGGUUAUUGCAGAUCAAACGCUAUGUGAUAGUGAAAAACUUAACAUGAAAAUGUUCGGAUGGUAAAAAACGGUGAUAAAAAUUAAAAGGGUGGGAAAUGUAAAUUUUACAUUAAUUAUUACCGUAUGAUACACAUAAAUGAAAACAUCAUUGUUGUGAAUUAAAAUUUUAUUUUAUUAAUUAAAGAAUAUAUAUGUCAUUAAAGAAUCAUAAAUAAAAUGUUUAUUUUAAAUUUUAAUUUACAGCUAUAAAAAUAUACUUCUUUUUAUUUCUUAAAAAGUGUCACUUUAACAUUUUACACACUAAUUAAAAAACUGAUUGAAGUUUGAAUAUACCCUUAAUAACUAUAGUUAUUUACUAUUUAACUUAUUUUAAUUAUUAAAUUAUUACUCAUUAAAAUUUGUGUUGUAUAUUAAGUGUCACUAUAACACCUUUUUUAGUUACAUAAAAAUGUACUUUUCUAAAUUUAAUACAAUUUUUUUGACAUAUUAUCAAUUCUAACCUUGAAUCAAAUUGACCAAAUAAUAGGAUAAUGUGAAAUCCCAAAAACCAUUUAUAGUCAUUAUUAACUGACUCGUAAACUUCAUUACAAUGUUAAACGUAACAUUGACUUUUUUACCGUUUAUUUGUUAAUUAAAUAAGAUCUAUAAAAAGUUUCUAAGAGUCACUUUUGUUUAUGAUGAACACAAAUAUGACUAAAAGUUCUAAUCAAAAUCUGCAGGUUUUAGGACAAAACAAAUCAAAGAAUGGAAGAUGAACGGAUAGAGUUUACGCUAAAGUAGAUUAUCCUUUUGAUCUAAACAAUUUUCCUAAAUAAUAAGAAGAACUUCUAGCAAAGUAAGAAACUCAAGCGAUUGAUGCUGAUGGCGCACCACCUUUCAAUCUAAAUAAAUUGCUUCAAGGAGAGAAAUAAAAACUGAUUUUUUUGACUCCAUAAAUAAAUGUUACUCGUGUAGUGCUUUGAUUUUCAAAAUAAAUUAAUUUUUUUCAAGACUAUUGACCAAACUAAAUACAACACAAACUUUAAUGAUAAAUAGUUAAAUAACUACAAUAAAUUAAUUAGUAAAUAAUUGUAGUUAUUAAGUGUAUAAGUAAACAUUAAUCUGUUUUCUUAAUUAGUGUGCAAAAUGUUAAAUUGAAAUUUAUUAAGAAAUCGAGGAAGUGUUUAGUUUGGUCAACAAUCUUUAAAUAAUUUAAUGUAUUUUAAAAAUCAAAGCACUGAUAUGAGUAAUAUUUAUUUAUUGAAUAAAAAAAAUUCAGUUUUUUUUCUCUUGAUAAAAUAAUUUAUUUAGAACAAAAGGUGGUGCGCCAUCAACAUCAAUUGCUUGAUUUUCUUUUUCUGGUGGAAGCUCUUCCUCUUCUUCUUCAGAAAAAUUGUUUAGAUCAAAUGGAUAACCUAUUUAGCAUGAACUCCAUGCAUUUCUCUUCUCUUCCAUUCUUUGAUUUGUUUUGUCCUAAAACCUGCAGCUUUUGAUUAGAACUUUUUGUCAUAUUUGUGUUCAUCAUACAUAAAAGUGACUCUUGGAAUCUUUUUAUAGAUCUUAUUUAAUUAACAAAUAAAAAGUUAAAAAAUCAAUGUUACGUUUAACAUUGUAAUGAAGUUUGUGAGUCCGUUCUUUUUCAAAAAAGAAAACGGGUUUGCGAGUCCAUUAAUAAUGAUUAUAAAAUGGCUUUUGGGAUUUUCAUAUUUUCCUAUUAUUUGGUUAAUUUGAUUCAAGAUUUUUUUUUUGUCCAUAACUUAAACAGAUUCAUCAGUUUGAUUCAAGGUUAGAAUUAACAAUAUGUCAAAACAAUUGUAUUGAAUUCCGAAAACUACCAUUUAAAUGUAACUAAAAGAAAUGUCAAAGUGACAUUUAAUAUGAAACAGUGGAAGUAUAUAAUUACUACUGAAAACUAAAAACUAGUAGAAACGUUUGUAACAAAAAAACAUACAACAAAUACACAAUGCCAUUACUUCUUCUAAAUGUCAUUUAUGCGUAAAAUAGUGAUCUUGUUUCAAAAAAUUAAAUGUGAUAUAUAUAUAUAUAUAUAUAUAUUACGUGCUAAAGUAGCUUGAUACAUGACUUCUGAACUAUUCGAAGUUUAAAGAGGAACUUCAAAGUUAUUACUUCUUGAUCUUCUUCUUGGUUGGUUGGGUUAAGGGUCAAUUAUUCAAUAAAAAUCUGCCAAAAAGGGAAACUAUUAUGAUUCCCCCACAUGAUGACUAAGUACCAAAUCAAAUCCAGAUUAUAUAAAUAUUUCAAAUUUACAGAAAACUCUCCAUUUUGGUUUCCAUUUCCAUAAGCUAAAUCAGUAAUCAUAUCACAGAAAAUCUGAUAAUUUCAGAAAAUUAACAAUCAACUGAAUUUUAUUUUAUUAUUAGGUUAAAACUCACUCCUUACGCGAAAUGAUCAUUGUAUAUAAAAAUUAUAUUAUGUACGUAUUUUUUUUGUUGCGUUCUUUACAUAUUAUAAAAUAAGAAAUAUAUAUUAAAUCAUUGAGAAAUAAAUAACUAUUAUGUAUAUAAUGAUGUAAAAAAAAUAUUAUGUAUAUAAUUAAAUUAGUACGAGUACAUAAAUCAAAACAAUCACUCUUGUUUAUUUACAAUCAUUUUAUGAUAAAUAGAUUAAAACAAUCAAUUUUGUCUAUUUUAUAUGGUAUAUACUUAAAUUUAAAUGAUAUUAUUAACACAUAUAUAGUAUAUAUAGUAUAUGACUAUCAAUUAAAUGAAGUUUCCUACUCAUAUGAUUUUAUAACCAGUUGUAUCUUUUUAUUACAAAUUUUUUAAAUCGUUGAUAACAUAAUUUUCAGUGUGGAAUGUUUAACAGGUUAAAUUAUUUAUAAUCAUUUCUAAAAAUUCAAUGCAAUGUUUGAAAUUAAAAUAUUCAUGUAUUUUAGAUGGUAUAUAUUUUAAUUUAAAUGUUAUAUAUAUAUAUAUAUAUUUAUAUCUUAAUCUGAAUAUCUAUUAAAUGAGACUUCAUGCUCAUAGUUUUAUAAUCAUUUGUAUUUUUUAUAACAAAAAAACUUAAACCAUUAAUCCCAAAAUUUUAUAUGUGAUAUUUUUGAUGCUUUUAAUAAUUUAUAGCCGUUUAAAAAAAAUCAAAAUAUAACAUAUAUGGGAAAAAUCCAAAUUUUUAUAAUAUGGAUAAUGUGAUUGUUUAACUUAUUUUAACAGUAUAAAGUUAAACAAAAAGAAUAAAGGAUACACAAAUUUUUAUCAAAUCUUUAUUUGAGACAAAACCAAAACCAAAACCAAAACCAAAACCAAAACCCACUUCUAUCCUGAAAGUCAAGGAUCUCCAAAAGCUAUCAGUGGGUGUACUACUGAUUUGUAAUGUCAUGGACUCAUGAUGUAAUUGUAUUAUUUUCUGUUUGGUUACAAAUAUGUGUUUUCCUUUUUUUGUUAAGCUAAUGCUGUUUGAUUUAACAUCAUAAGCAAAGUCUCUUAUUCAACUUGACUUGAGUCUUUGAUUAGAUAAAUUCUUAUAUUAAUCACAUGUUUGAUUGCAUCGCUCAAGUAAUUUGGAUCAUAACAGUUUUGUUAAUAAUAGGAGUAAUGGUGUUGGUGACAUUUGGAGCUUAGAAUCAAAAGUUGUAAUUUAAAGAACAUAACUAUGGGAAUCUUGUCACGCAGUCCAACUUAUGGUAGAAGAUCAGAAGAUAAUGGCUACUGCGUUCUUGCUACUGCGUUGUUUUCUGUGACUUUUGGCAUUCUACUUGGACUAUCUUUUACAUCUUUGUGGAUCCCUAAGGUGAGUCUACCACAAAACCUUCUUCGUUCCAUUGCUAUCUCAAGUAGACAUUCAGAUAUUGCAGCUCCUGUACAAGCCACUGAUAUCUCAAAGAUAUGGGUUCCUUCAAAUCCAAAAGGAGCUGAGAGAUUACCACCCGGUAUUAUUGCAUCCGAGUCAGACUUGUACUUGCGCAGGUUUUGGGGGAACCCUGAAGAGAAUUUGAAAAAGAAACCGAGAUAUCUAGUAACAUUUACAGUGGGUUACAAACAGAGACAAAACAUAGAUGCAUGUGUUAAGAAGUUUUCGGACAACUUUACCAUUGUUCUGUUUCAUUACGAUGGAAGAACAAGUGAGUGGGAUGAUGAAUUUGAGUGGUCGAAGAAUGUGAUACACAUCAGUGUUAAGAAGCAGACAAAAUGGUGGUAUGCAAAGAGAUUCUUGCACCCUGACAUUGUAGCGCGAUACGAUUAUAUAUUCAUGUGGGAUGAAGAUCUUGGAGUCGAUCACUUUGACGCAGAAAAAUACUUACACAUGGUCAAGAAGCAUGGCCUUGAGAUUUCACAGCCUGGUUUGGACCCAGAGAUAGUGUGUACAUGGAAAAUCACUAAAAAAAGAGAGGAUGUUGAAGUCCAUAAGGAAGAAACAAAUGAGAAACCCGAGAGGUGCUUGGAUCCUCAUCGGCCACCAUGUGCUGCAUUUGUGGAGAUAAUGGCUCCUGGAUUCUCAAGAGAUGCGUGGCGCUGCGUGUGGCAUAUGAUUCAGAAUGAUUUGGUUCACGGUUGGGGUCUUGACUUUGCACUCAGAAGGUGUGUUGAGGAGCCUGCUUAUAAGAAGAUAGGAAUAGUAGACACUCAGUGGAUCGUUCAUCAAUCUAUACCUUCCCUUGGCAGUCAGGGAAAGGAAGAAGAUGGGAAAUCGCCAGGGCAAGGGGCGAGGGAUAGAUGUUAUAUGGAAUGGGCAAUGUUCGAGAAGAGAGUGGAUGAGGCAGAGAAGGAAUAUUUUAAAUCGUUACAAGUUCAAACUCCAUCCAAUUCAACUACAUUGCACUAGUACCUUACCCUUUUUUUUAAGCUAUUCUGUUAAAACGUUGAAGAUGACUAUCAAAUAACUUUUGCAACAAAAGAUAAGAUUGUCGAGUUGAUGAAACCGAACAUGUGUGUGAUCUCGGAGGAGAAGAAGAAUUGAGAAAGGUGUAGAGUGUUGUGUGUGUGUGUCUUUGUGGGUUUAAAGAGCAAGAAAGAAGUGAGUGAAUUGGUUUCUUGCAAGCAUUUCUUUCACAGAACUUGUCUUGACAACUAGUUUGGUAAUAACCAAACGACUUGUCCUCUUUGCAGAUCCAUUCUCUAGUAGUAGAAGUAUCUUGUUUAACACUAUAUCCCUCUUCUGAUUUUGUUAUGUUGUCUAAUACAAAUAUCAGAUUUAAAAAAUUCUUGUGUUUAUGUUUUAGAUGGAACUACUGUAUAUGCAUAAAAUAUGAUAUACUUAUUAGAGAGAAAGAUCUCAUAUCGGUAGUUGGAAAAUAUCCUUAGUAAUAUAUAAGAUAGAUAGACCACUCUACUUAUCAUCAAUUAGUCUUAGGUUGGAAGUUCAUCUACCUUAAUAUGGUAUCAGAGUCAAAUUCACGCAGUUCAAUCCGAUCUACAUCGAUCCGGCCCAAAGUUGGUCUUCCAUUCUUGCAUAGACAUUCCGAGAUUGACGCUUAAAAAGCCAUCAUCUCGAGGGGGCAUAUUAAGAACAAAGGGUCCCACAUCAGUAGUUAGAAGGGAUCAUUAGUAAUAUUUAAGUAGAUGAGUCACUCCACUUAUCACUAAUUGGUUUUAGAUUGUAAGUUUAUUAGCUUAACACCUUGCAUAUUUAUUUAUUGCAUUAAAACUGGUAAAUCAAGAAAUAUACCAAUUAAUAGUAUGUAAUGGUUUAUUCCAUGCGCCUUUUAGCUUAAAGGAAACAACAUCCAGUUUUGUUACAAUAACCAAAAUAAAAACAAGAAGAUGGUUGCACACCAAGACAAAAAA